AUGGCGCGCUAUGGCGCGUUUUUACUGUUUCUGGCGUGUCUCGCCAGACUGUAUGCUUUGGCCGAACAGACCAAGUGUCCCAGUCUGGCGGCGAAUCCGUCCUGCCACUGCUUUAACUUCGAAAACGGCAUUUUCCUUGAGUGUCCCAGUGCGACAGCCGAUUCUAUUAAGGCGGUUCUGCGAAUUAUACAUGGACCAAUACAGUCGCUUAGUAUAUACGACCCCGAAAAAAACCUAUUAAAGCUACCAAAAAACUUCUUUCCGGACACCAUUGUUAUCAAGCAUCUCAUCAUCUCCCAAUCAUAUAUUCAAGAAAUACACGAUGACAGUUUGUUACCCCUUAAAGGUCAAAUCGAAUCAUUUGGAAUGAUAUCUGGUAGAUUAAAAGAAGUACCACAAAAAGCUUUUAAGGGUAUGCUUAAAAUGAUUUCGCUUGAUAUGGAAUCAAAUCAAAUCACUGACCUGCCCAGUUACAGCUUUUACGGGCUUCAUUUAAUAAAGCUAAACUUGAAAGGCAACAAAAUUGAUAAGGUAUCGGAAUAUGCGUUUGCUGGUUUAGAAGAUACUCUUUCUGAGUUGGAUAUGGCUGAAAAUAAGCUCCAAAUAUUUCCACUUAAAGCCCUAAGACGGCUAGAUCGAUUACGGCAUCUACGAUUGCCGUGGAACGAAAUUAAAAGUAUAAACGGCGAUGGCUAUUCGAGACUGAAUUCCCUCAUAUUUCUGGAUCUUAGUUCGAAUAAUUUUGAAAAUCUGGGUGAUGACUGUUUUCAACCUUGUCCGUUGGUUCAAACGCUAUCCCUUUACUACAAUGUUAUAGAAACAGUACAUGAACGUGCUUUUGUAUCACUUAAAGAGCUUCAGUCUAUAGAUCUGAGCCAUAAUAAGAUUGUUCAUUUGGAUCCGCUUACAUUCGAAAAUAAUAGAAAAGUAAAAUCUAUCGAUUUGAGCCACAAUCAUGUCCAUUACAUUAGUGGUGUGUUUGCUUUUUUGCCCGAAUUAAAGGAACUUUUCUUAUCGGAAAAUAACAUAUUGGAAAUUCCCUCGGAUGCGUUCACGAACUCAGUUAAUUUAACAGUCAUUUACCUGCAACAAAACGCCAUACGUCGCGUAGACUCCGAGUCAUUAUCGACCCUAUUUAACCUGGUGCAAUUGCAUUUGAGCUCCAACUUUAUUCCGUACAUUCCACGAGAUCUCUUUCAGCAGAACCGCAAUUUAACUUCGCUUAGUUUAGACAGCAACUGGUUGUCCGAUUUGGAACCAGGCACAUUCGAUAAAAGCACAAGUCUAAGAGAAAUCCGCCUGCACAAUAACCGACUGCAAGAUGUUCAUCUGGGCGUGUUUGAUCCGCUUCCCUUCCUUUUAGAACUGCACUUGCAAAAUAACCAGAUAGCAUCGAUAGAUUCGGGCGCUUUUCGCAGUUUACAAAGUCUCCAGCAUGUUAACCUGCAAGGGAACAUUAUCUCAAAACUCGGGGAUGUAUUCAUGCACGAGACUGGCUCUUUAGUCUCUAUACAAAUGGACCAUAAUAGAAUAACUUCUCUGCACAACGACUCCUUACGAGGUCAAUCUAGCGUACAAAUUAUGUGGCUUGGACACAAUCGGCUUUCGCGAUUAAACCGCGCCCUUUUUAAAGACCUACUGCUUAUCCAGAGACUUUACUUGACAAACAACACCAUCUCUUUUAUAGAAGAUAAAUCGUUCGAGCCGAUGCAGGCGCUUAAAUUCCUGGAUCUCAGUAUAAACCAAUUGAAAAAAAUUACAGUGACAACUUUUGCCGAGUUGCACGAUCUGGAAGAACUGUAUAUUUCAAACAAUUUAAUAGAAAAAAUCGAACCGUUUGCUCUUACUAACCUUAAAAAACUGAGAUAUCUGGAUUUGUCGUACAACCCGUUAGUUGUGUUGCAUGACGACAUAUUUCAAGAAAGAAUACCGAUACGUAUUUUGAAUCUUAUAAACUGUUCCAUAUCAAAAAUAGAAAGUGGCGCAUUUAAAGGACUUAACAACCUUAAUGAAUUAAAUCUGCAUUCCAAUGAGCUUUUACCGCAGGACCUAAAAUAUUUGGAUAUUCCAGGGUUAAGAGAGCUAAAACUGUCAAACAAUAACUUUAUUAAUAUAACAAGCCAAUGUUUAAACGGACUGCCUUCACUUCAAUCUUUAUUUUUGGAUAAUUGUCAUAUUGUGAACCUGCCAAAGGAUAUAUUUUCCAAAAACAAAAACCUUCUUAGAAUUGAUUUAAGUCAAAACAAUUUAAAGGAACUUAACCACGGUACAUUUGCUAACCUAAACAUCAUUAAAGAGUUAAAGUUAUCAGCAAAUGUAUUCACCGAACUGCCCUACACUGCCCUAUUAAAUAUUUCCACCAUGGAAACUCUUUCUUUCUCACACAAUCAAGUGGUAAGCUUAGAGAUUUCCAGACUUAACGGAUUGCCAAACUUAAGGGAAUUAGAUCUAAAAUAUAAUAUAAUUGCAACGAUUUCUGGAUUUGCAUCGGCUGAAUUGUCUCGACUUCAAACAGUGGAUUUAAGUGGAAACGCUUUAUCAGCAUUGCCAACCAAUUUUUUUUGUCAUUCCCCAAUCUUAAGAGUUUUAGAUUUAUCAUUUAAUCAAUUCAGGCAAAUUCCGAAUGCAGCGCUGUCUUUAAACAAUUUACCUGGAUUGGGUUGGUUGAACCUUACGGGAAAUCCAUUAACUGGCAUUUACGAAAUGGGUUCUAUACAUCGCUACCCUGCUUUAGAUGAAUUACACAUUACCAAUACGAAUUUAACAUUAAUUACCAGUAAGGAUUUUGAAGCCUUUCCAUUGUUGCUGCAUGUUUUCCUUGGACAAAACCGCAUAGAUCGCAUAUCCCCCGGAGCAUUUUCAACAGUACCGCAUUUACUGACCCUUGAUUUGGGGUACAAUGAAAUCGACUUAUUGCCUCAGGAACGUUUGCAAGGCCUACCAUACUUACGCCUGCUUAAUCUUACGCAUAACAAAUUAAAAGAUCUUGAAGAUUUUUCACAAGACUUAAGGUCUUUGCAAGUUUUAGACAUAUCGUAUAAUCAUUUGACUAGAUUAAGCAAAAAUACGUUCCAAUAUUUAGAUAGUCUAUCGGAGUUUUACCUCUACGGAAAUUGGAUUUCCUCAGUGUCAGGUGAUGCUUUUAAACCAAUGAAAAAACUACGUAUAUUAGAUCUUAGCAAAAAUUAUUUGGAACAAAUUCCCCUCAACGCAUUUCGUCCAUUAGAAACACAAAUUAGAAGUUUAAGAACAGAAGAAAAUCCUUUAUCCUGUAGCUGCGAUUCGCAAGAACUAUGGGAAUGGUUAAAAGAUCAUCAGAAACUGGUGAAGAAAACCAACACUUUGGAGCUUCGUUGUGAACAUCCUCCAGAGUUGCGUGGGAAAAUUUUCUUGGAUCUGGAACCAGAACAAUUCUGCGAUCAACCGAUAAUGGUCAAACUAGGAAUACAGGAUAUACAGCCUUUUUCAGUAAUAGUUUCGUGGCAAAGCCGAAACCAUUCAGGACUGCAUGGAUAUCAGGUCGCUUACUAUUCAUUAGAUACAAUUGAUGAGAUCCGUGGUAAAAUGUUGGACCGUUCGUCUCGCUCUCUAAAACUAAAAAAUCUUAAUUCAGACACGAUUUACAUGAUCUGCGUGCUGGCUUUGGGCAACUGGCCAUCCAAUGUUCCCCAAAAUCCGCAGUCACGUUUGGGGCAGAAACACCACGAAGAAAACUUAACUUCUUUCGAUGAAUUUGAGAUUUUAAGCGAAAACAUCCUGGGCUCUUUGGUGGAGUCUACCACCAGCAAAUGCACUAAAGUGACCACAUUGGGAGCGCCCGAUCUGCAAAUGGGACUUGGUGUUCUUCCUGAAAACAAUAUGGGACUCCAAUCCAUCUUAACCCGUCGUCUUGGCCUUAUCAUCGGCUGCUGCAUGGGUUUCGUAGUGUUCAUAGUUCUAGUGUCGGUUUUGGGUUACUUAAAGGUAAAAAAGCAGCGUCAAGCUGUUAAAAGAGAGCAACCCAUCCCCCCGGAAUACAUUUCUUACAGACAUUUUUCCAUUCAAAGUGGAGAAGCAACCGGGGGACAUCCUCAAUUCAUUACCAAUAUGGCCACCACUUCAUUAAAUUAA